GCCAGCUCGAUGAGAGGACAAAAAGCUCAGCCCCAGGGCGUCUGCAAACGCAUUCGUGCUCGCUUGCAGCUCUACAGUUAUGCCUUCGCCCGCAGCGAGCGAUGGCGCAGCGACCGCCGCACCAGAGGCGACUGACAAGGCGCCAGCACCAGAGGCCGCAGCGACGAGCGACGCCGCAGAGUCCAAGGAAGAAGAGGACUGCGGCUUCUGCACCUACAUGCGCGCGGGCCCCUGCGGCGAGGUCUUCACCGCGUGGGAGAAGUGCGUCGAGGACCACCGGAGCCGCGACGAGGACUUUGCGAAGGGCUGCGUGCCCGCGACGCGCGCCCUGACCGAGUGCAUGAGCGAGCACAAGGACUAUUACGAGCUCCCGGAUCAGGAGGCACCCGCGGCGGACGCGCCUGAGACGGCGCCGAUCGCCGCGGCCACGGUUGCCGACGCGCCCGCGGCCACCGCGUCGGUGGAGCCCGCUGGCGGCGACCCGGCGGCGGAGAGCCGGGCGGCCGCGUAGAUGUCACGUGUGUUCUCGUGUGCCCGGUGGAUGCAAUGCGGCGUAGCACCCGGAGCAGAGUC